CUCACUCUCACUUUCUUUGUACACUCAACAUGGGACGCCGCGCGAAGAACAAGCAGGGAGACCCCGCACCUAUUGGCGACCGUGAAAACCGCCCGUCGCAGAAGAAACUCGGCAAGCGCAAGGCGGACGAUGUUGCUGAGGCUCCGAGCAAGCGGCCCGCCAAAAAGGCUAGGGAGAGCGAUGUCAAACCCGCGCAACCCUCCCUUGUGAAAGGGAAGCCGAAAAGCGAACCUAAGGGCGAGCCCAAAGCUAAGUCUGACAAGCCGAAAGCGAAGACGCAGAAGCGGGCACACUUCGAGGACGAAGAUGAGGGCGCCGGGAGCAGCGAAGGUUGGGAGGACGUCGAUAGUGACGGAGACCUCAAGGCACAUGCCAAAACCCUGUUCCAUGGCAGUGACGAUGAUGAAGUCGUGGGAUUCGAGGGGGACCUGGAUGAUUUGGUCAUGGACGAAGAUGAUGACCCGUUCAAUGCUCCCGCACAGGAGUUGGACCUUGGUUCGGACGACGACGAGCCGGAGCUUCCUGUCAAGGGAAAGAAGUCAAAACAGCACACACGGCCGGCCAAAAUUAUUCCCACUGGGUCAGAUGCAUCCUCGGACGAUAGCGACGAAGAGGACGAUGAUGAGGACGGCCCCAUCACCAUGAAGAACAUGGAGGCACGUUCACGCGCGUUGGACGCAAGAGCGGAGGAGGAUGCGGACCUCGAUGCGGAAGAGCUGAGACGGGCCGCGCUUGAUGGAGAAAUGAGCGACGAUGACCUGAGGGACGCGGACGAUGUUGACAUGGACGAGGAGGGCGAGGGCGGCGAGGAGGAUGGAGAAGGCCUCACACUGCCCACCGCGGAGGAGCUCGAUGAGGAGAAGAAGCGAGGAGGUCCGGACGUGCACACCGUGCAGCGGAGAAUGCGCGAGUGCGUACGGGUACUGGGAAACUUCAGGAAAUACGCAGCCAAGGGCAGGGCAAGAUCAGAAUAUGUGCAUACGCUCAUGUCCGAUAUUGCGAGCUACUACGGGUACAACGACUUCCUCACCGAGAAGCUCUUCCAGCUCUUCCCCGUCGCAGAGGCGAUCGAGUUCUUCGAGGCGAACGAGAUCCCAAGACCCGUAACGAUCCGUACAAAUACCUUACGGACUCGCCGACGCGACCUCGCGCAGGCGCUGAUCAACCGCGGCGUGAACCUGGAACCCAUCGGCAAGUGGACGAACGUCGGCCUGCAGGUGUUCGAGAGUAGCGUCCCGAUCGGCGCCACGCCCGAAUACCUCGCCGGGCAUUACAUGCUGCAAGCGGCGUCCUCGUUCUUGCCUGUGAUCGCGCUCGGGUCGCAACCUGGCGAGCGCGUGCUGGACAUGGCCUCCGCGCCUGGCGGCAAGACUACACAUAUGGCCGCUCUUAUGCAGAACACCGGUGUCGUCUUCGCGAAUGACGCGAACAAGGCGCGCACGAAGAGUCUGACGGCGAACGUGCACCGUCUGGGAUGCAAAAACGUCGUGGUGUGCUCAUAUGACGGCCGGGAGUUUCCCAAAGUCAUCGGUGGCUUCGACAGGGUCCUGCUGGAUGCCCCGUGCAGCGGAACUGGUGUCAUAAGCAAGGACGCAAGCGUCAAGCAAAAUAAGUCCGAGCGCGACUUCACGCUGCUUUCGCACCUCCAAAAACAGCUCAUCCUGUGCGCGAUCGACAGCGUCCAGGCAGAUUCGAAGACCGGCGGUUUCCUCGUCUACUCGACGUGCUCCGUGACCGUUGACGAGAACGAGGCGGUAGUCGACUACGCGCUGCGCAAGCGGCCGCACGUAAAGCUCGUCGACACCGGGCUCGAGUUCGGGCGCCCGGGCUUCACGAGCUACCGCGGGAAGACGUUCAGCGACAAGCUGAGCCUGACGCGCCGCUUCUACCCGCACGUGCACAACAUGGACGGUUUCUACGUCGCGAAGUUCAAGGUCGAGCGCCGCGCGAAGGUCAAGCCUGCGCAGGCCGGUGCAGAUGCGGACGGUGUCGAUGCGGAGGUGGACGGUGCCCCAGUCGCGUUCGACGCGGACGAGGACAAGCCGUAUCUCGAGGAGAUGAAGCGCAAGCGCAUGAAGGCGAAGGGCCUCAAGCCGCCGCCACGGCACAAGGACGCGCCCGCCGCGGCACAGCAGGUGGAGGCCGCUGCGUGACCGCGGGCUUCUGCUCGUGGAAAUCCCCCGGCUUAUCGCCUCUUGCCCGCGAAGCUCUCGAGAGUACGGGCGGAUUUGGGACGGGGCGGGUUGCGGGCUGCGUGCUUCUGCGUUCCCGCCACGCGGGGAGGCGUGCUUCGGGCCUUCGCGUGGAUACACGCCGUCGAUUGCAUACAUACGCGCGAGUUUUGUAUAGGGCUGGUACACACAGGGUCCAGGUGC